AGCCUUGAUCGCGUGUGCCGGUAUUGGACUGAAAGUAUCAGCUUGGCAGCUGUCCAAUUUCCUAUUUAAAGCUGUCAGCCCUCUGUCAAAACUUCUGAUAUCAAUGUAGGACACGCUGCAGUGAAGGGAGCUCUUUUCGAAAAGGAGGAAGAGCGGUAAAGGAAAACUCAUGGAUCUCACCUCCAUGGUCAUUCUGCCGCUGCUUUUUGGCAGCUUGGGGAUCUUCGGCCUCUUCUGGCUGCUUCAGCGAAUGCGCGUCAGGGCCUACCUCAAAGAUGCCGUGGUGGUGAUCACAGGAGCAACUUCUGGACUAGGGAAAGAAUGUGCCAAAGCUUUCCAUGCUGCUGGGUCAAAGCUGGUGCUGUGUGGAAGGAACGGAGAGAGGCUUCAAGAGCUUCUGCGGGAGCUGUCUGCUACUGCCAGCCAGCCAAAGAACCCCCAUAAGCAUCACACUGUGAUCUUUGACCUCUCGGACAUCAAAGCGGUCGUCAGCGCUGCUGAAGAGAUUUUGAAGCACGUGGGUCACGUGGACGUCUUGAUCAACAACGCUGGGAUCAGUUACCGAGGCGCCAUUGUGGACACCGUGGUGCAGGUGGACAGAAAAGUGAUGGAGACCAACUAUUUCGGUCCAAUCGCUUUGACAAAAGCACUUCUGCCUUCCAUGAUCAAGAGGAGAAAAGGCCACAUUGUGGCCAUCAGCAGCGUUCAAGGCAAAAUCGCCAUCCCGUUCCGCUCUGCAUAUGCAGCUUCUAAGCAUGCCACCCAAGCCUUCUUUGACUGCCUGCGAGCUGAGGUGGAGCAGUAUGACCUUGACGUGACCGUCGUGAGUCCCGGCUACAUUCAGACAAAUCUGUCCCUGAAUGCCAUGACGGCAGAUGGAUCCAAGUAUGGAGUGAUGGACAAGACAACCAGAGAAGGCAAGGCAGCUGCUGAGGUGGCUCAGGUGGUUCUCAGCGCUGUGGGGGGGAAGAAAAAGGAGGUGCUGGUUGCUGGUUUUGUGCCUUCUCUGGCCGUGUACCUCCGAACGCUCUGCCCCAGGCUCUUCUUCACCUUGAUGGCAUCCAGAGCCCAAAAGGAGAGAAAAGUUAAGGAUUCCUAGCCCUGAACAGAGCCUAGUAAAGUCUGUCGAACCAUUGACUGAUAAACCAAAAGCCAACAGUUACUUGUGUCUAGGGUCUGUGGGAAGCACGAACAUCAGGAAGUCUUAAUUCAUCUAUCUCCCUUGGGUGAAGAGUUGGAUCCGUUCCCGCGCUGCUUGCACGUCAUUGCCAGCAUCUGAGAAGAGCAGCCAUCACCACCCAAGGCUUCCUCAGCCGCUGGGAAGGAGGACGUUAACUGUAGGAUGCAAAGGGAAGUUCUGCAUGUUGGAAUGAGCAGGAGCUGCAUUCUGCCACACCUCCCAUUCGUUUGAUUAGGGCUUGUUCAGAAAAGGUGCCAUUAACAGCUCAAUAUCCGUCAUUUCCUCUCGGCAUAGCUCAUCAUCUGUGGUUUUAAUUCCUGCUAUUUCCCUCCUGAAAAAUGGAGCCUGUAACUGCUUACGUCUUUUAUGCUGGGUUGGAUGGUGGGGAGAAGGAAAGGUGGCUGAAGUUAAACAGUGUGUUGUGGGCGCCUUGCCCUUUACUACAUUUUAGCCAGUAGUCUGAAAUCAAGAUGCCCUUCCACUCACAUCACCUCCCCGCCCCGCCCCUGGACUUGUAAGAAUAGCCUGGUAGGAUAUGCUUGCCUUUUAAGCUCAGACUGAACAGUGGGAGAAGGAAACCACGACAACGAAAGCAUUGGGUGGAGAGAGAACUACAGGGUGGCAGCAGGGGUGGUGGGAGUGUUUGUUAGAGAAUUAUGGUAAAAAAGGGGGGAGGCAGCUUCCUUCACAGCUAGACCCAACUUACUAAUUGCUAUUAAAAUAGCUAAAAUUAAAGCAAGAACGACGUGUGUUCUGUUCAUGGUGUUAUCAGCUGAAUUUAGUAUCUAAGGCACAACACCAAAUGUACUGUGCCUGGUUUGUUUUUUGUUGAUGCAUCUAGGAGUCCACAGAAUUAUGUGUCUAACCCAUGAGCCCUCUCACCUGAGGCCAGCUUCCUCUAACCUGGUGCCCCCCAGAUGUUUUGGAGUAUAACUCCCAGCACUGG